GGUAACAUAUUAGAUUUUCUUUGAAUAUUCUUCUUCCAACGUUUGCGUUGAGGGCUCCAUGGUCAACGCCCUUUUGAUAGGUGGAGUUUCCAGAUCGGCGAAGAAGGAGAAAGACCCAUUUCGUGGAUGAGCAUUUACGGCUACUAUUAGUGGUCUCCCCACCGUCUAUGGCCUAUACUCUCUCUUUCUUUCUUCCUCGUCGUCUUCGAUCCAUUUCCAACUCUUUCUUCCCCAAAUUUCCGGCCACCAUGAAAACAAGAACAAUAUGUGGGAUUUCACUGUCACUUAUAAUCAUCAACCUUGCUUCGAUAAUGGAGCGUGCCGAUGAAAAUCUCCUACCAUCGGUGUACAAAGAAGUGAGCGAAGCUUUCAAUGCUGGUCCAUCGGAUCUAGGCUACCUCACCUUCAUAAGGAACUUUGUACAGGGACUUGCUUCACCAUUGGCUGGGAUAUUAGCCAUCAAUCACGACCGUCCAACAGUUCUUGCGAUGGGUACAAUGUGUUGGGCCUUAUCGACGGCUGCGGUUGGCGUUAGCCAACGUUUCAUUCAAGUUGCGUUCUGGAGGGCAGUCAAUGGCUUUGGCCUCGCCAUUGUGAUUCCAGCUUUGCAAUCGUUCAUUGCAGACAGUUAUUUGGACGGAGUAAGGGGAGCUGGAUUCGGGUUUCUGAAUCUUGUGGGUAUGGUGGGUGGAAUUGGAGGCGGUGUUCUUGCAACGAUCAUGGCUGGACAUGAGUAUUUGGGGAUUCCUGGUUGGCGAUUUGCGUUUGUCAUGAUGGCUUCUUUGAGUGUGUUCAUUGGCUGUCUUGUUUAUCUGUUUGUGGUUGAUCCUAGAAUGUUAACUAGUAUCGAUCAUUCCCCUGGUAGGGAUAAUCGUGAAAGAAUUGAAUUGCUUGAAAAAGGGAAUGCUGCUAAUUCGACGUCUCUCUGGCUAGAGUCGUGGGCUGCAACGAAAGCUGUCAUUAGAGUGAAGACGUUUCAGAUCAUCGUGUUGCAGGGUCUGGUUGGCUCAUUACCAUGGACUGCAAUGGUGUUCUUCACAUUGUGGUUCGAACUAAUUGGUUUUGAUCAUAACAGCACAGCAACUCUCCUGAGCCUUUUCGCAGCAGGAUGUGCAAUGGGUUCGUUUCUAGGUGGAAUAAUAGCGGACAGAAUGUCUCGUGUAUACCCAUAUUACGGGCGAGUGAUCUGCGCUCAAUUCAGCGCAUUUAUGGGCAUCCCAUUCUCGUGGUUCCUUCUAGUGGUCAUCCCUCAGUCAGUAUCCAGUUACAACACGUUCUGUGUAACGCUGUUUCUCAUGGGACUAACCAUUAGCUGGAAUGCAACGGCUGCCAACGGUCCCAUGUUUGCUGAGGUUGUGCCCGCGAAACACAGGACCAUGAUCUAUGCGUUUGAUCGGGCGUUUGAGGUGUCCUUCUCUUCCUUUGCUGCACCUGUGGUUGGAAUCCUGGCUGAGAAGAUGUAUGGGUAUGAUCCCAAAACAAUUGAUCCGGUUUUGGGAUCUGCAAAGGAGGCCUAUGCUUUGUCAAGGGGGUUGUUUAAUAUGAUGGCGGUUCCUUUUGGUUUGUGUUGUUUGUUUUAUACUCCUCUUUAUUGGGUUUUUAGGAGAGAUCGAGAGACUGCUAGAAUGUCUAGUUUAAAAGAAGAAGAGAUGUUUUGAGACUGUUUCUAAAUAGGUAAGUUGUAGCCUGUUGGGAAGAAGAAGAAACAUGUUUGAAACAUUCUUAAUUUUAACAUUAUUUGGAUCCUAAUCAAGAUCAUGCAUGGAAAAUCUGAUAGA